GGCCUGCUGGGCCGUAUGACCACAAGUCUGACCUCGUACCGCCGCAGCAAGCAGAAGAGCAAGUCCAACAAUGACAUACACACCAUCAUCUCCACGGAAGUGAACUGCGUGACCACUGCCAUAUUGAGCAGCAACAGCAGCAGUAGCAGCAGCAGCAGCCACAUCAACUGCCACGAUUCUGAUGCCGAGCCGGGGCCCGACACAGCGAACGCACACAGCUCCAACCAAAAUCCGGGCCAGAAGCACAGCGGCCAACAGGAGGACAGCAAUCUCGGCGAGAAUCUGAGCAGUCUAAGCGAACGCAUGAUGGAGGCGCAUCAGCGCAAGGUCUCCGUUGCAGCGGCAGCUGCUGCCGCCAACGGCGACUCCAACGAUGACGAAGCCACGCCCAUGCUAGUGGCAGGCGCUGGCCAGGGUCGCAAGGAGCAAAACAAUCGACGCAGCGUCGUGAGCGCCAAUACGCAAAUGGACAAUGAUGUCACGCCCGUUUACCUGGCCGCCCAGGAGGGGCACUUGGAGGUGCUCAAGUUUCUGGUGCUUGAAGCUGGCGGCUCGCUCUAUGUGCGCGCACGCGACGGCAUGGCACCGAUUCAUGCCGCUUCACAAAUGGGCUGCUUGGAUUGCCUCAAAUGGAUGGUGCAGGAUCAGGGCGUGGAUCCGAAUUUGCGGGACGGCGACGGUGCCACGCCACUGCAUUUUGCCGCCUCGCGUGGCCAUCUGUCGGUGGUGCGGUGGCUGCUCAACCACGGCGCCAAAUUGUCACUGGACAAAUAUGGCAAGUCGCCGAUCAACGACGCGGCCGAGAAUCAGCAGGUGGAGUGUCUCAACGUGCUGGUGCAGCACGGCACCACCGUCGACUACAACAACAAGAACAAUACACAGCGACACAAGUCGCAGCACCAACACCAGCAACAGCAGCAGCAACAGCUGCAGCAUAUGAGCAGCAGCUGCAAUUCGAACACAAAUUCGAGUAAGCAGACGAGCCGCAGCAACACCAUCAAGUCGAAGUCCUCAUCCACGCUCAGCUCUGAUGUGGAGCCCUUCUACUUGCAUCCACCAGCCGUGACGGCAGCAGCUGCCGCGGCGGGCGUCGGCUUGGGCGUUGGCAUUGCACGCAAGAAUAGCGACGCCCUGUAUUCGCAGCAGUCGCGCAGCUCCUCGGAGAAGCUCUACGGCUGCAAUGGGGCCUCGGGUGGGGGCGGUGCGGGUGGCAGCUCGAACGCCGGCGGCGCACUGCUGCCCAACGAUGGGCUCUAUGUGAACCCGAUGCGCAAUGGGGGCAUGUAUGCCACGCCCUCGCCGAAUGGCAGCAUAUCGGGCGAGUCGUUCUUUCUGCACGAUCCGCAAGAGAUCAUCUACAAUCGGGUGCGCGACCUGUUCGUCGACUCGGACUGCAGCAGCGUGAAGCAGCAUCAGAUGCCGCAUCCAUUGCACUCGCUGCAGUCGAAGGCCGGCAAUGCGAUCAUGACCAUUCAGGCCGAUGUCCAUUCCAGCUCGAGUGGCGCCGGCAGCGGCUCAGAUGAGUCCGUCUCCAUCUCGUCCAGCUUCAACUCGCCAAAGAGCAGCAGUCAUCAUCACAGCAACAAUCACAGUCACAAUCAUCACCAGCAUCAGCAUCAGCAUCCGCAUCAGUUGCGCAGUCAGAGCUUCAAUAGGCACGGCAGCAGCGGCAACAUCAGCAAUAGUAGCAAUCUUAAGAAGAACAACAACAGCAGCAGCAACAACAACAACAACAGCAGCAGCAGCGGCAUCAACAACAGCAACUACAAGCAGCAUAAGAACAGCAGCAGCAACAUCAGCAGCAACGGCAAUCAGAAUGGCGAUCAUGACUACGAGGAUAUAUAUUUGGUGCGCGAGGAGUCACGCAAGCAACAUCAGCACCAACAUCAGCUGCAACAGCAGCAGCAGCAGCAGCAACAACAGCAGCAGCAGCAACAGCAGCAGCAACAUCAGCAGCAACAGCAGCAACAACAGCAGCAGCAACAGUUGCAGCACAAAUACAGCGUGGGCAGAUCGCGUUCCCGCGACAGCGGCUCCCACUCGCGUUCAGCCAGCGCCAGCUCCACGCGCAGCACUGAUGUUGUGCUGCAGUACAGCAAUCAUCACUUGAACAACAAGCGCAGCAAUUAUAACAACAGCAACAACAACGGCAACAACAAUGGCAGCAAUAACAACAAUAACAACAACAACAACAACAACGUGAGCCUGCUGAAUCGCAAUAAGUCGCAUUCAAUGAUUGGCCUGCACAGCAGCAAAUACGAUUCGAGUCUUAAGGAUAGCUGCAGCGCAAAGAACGUGAAUCUGAAUCUGAAGAAUCAGCUGCUCAAUGGCGGCAUUAAGAGCGACACCUACGAGAGCGUCUGCCCGCCCGAGGAUGUGGCCGAGCGCACCAAGCAGACCCACAAGAACUCGAUGAUACGCAACAAUUUGGCAGAUGCCGGUCUCAACAGCGACAGCAGCAACAGCAUCAAUCAAAAUGGCGCCAACAGCAGCAGCAACAACAGCAACAACAUGAACAGAAAUUUGAAACGUGUCUCCUCGGCGCCGCCCAUGCAGAAUCUGGCCGUGGUUAAUGGACCACCGCCGCCGCCGCUGCCGCCUCCAUUGCGUGCGCCUGUGCAGCGCAACAACUUGAAUGCGGAGCAAGCUAGCAACAACAACAGCUCAAGCAACAGCUCAAACAACAGCAACAACAGCAGCAUCUAUAAGAAGAAUCACUUUGGCAUCGCACCUACAACGGCUGCGGCAACAACAGCAACAAGUGCCGCAUCAACUGGCGCACACGAGGCCGUGGACUCGGACUCGGGCCUGGAGGUGGUGGAGGAGCCCAGUCUGCGUCCUUCGGAGCUGGUCCGUGGCAAUCACAAUCGCACCAUGUCCACCAUAUCUGCGAACAAGAAAGCCAAGCUCCUCAGUGGCAAUGGCAACGGCAACGGCAACGGCAACAGCAACAUCAACGGCAACGGCAAUAACAACGGUAACAUUGGCGCCUCGAGUGGCGCACAUGCCAAUGGCAGCAUCUACGGCUAUGCGGAGGGCCCUGGCGGCAAGCAGCGCAGCGGCGCCAGCAGCAGCAGCAGCUACCAGCCCUCGCACUAUCACCAGCACCAGCAGCAGCAACAAUCAAUUUAUGCGCCCAGCAUCUAUGGCGUGGGUUCAUCUGCCGAGGAUCACUAUGAGCUGCAGCAGUCGCAGUAUGGCGGCAGCUACAAUGGCGAGGGCGCUGGCGUGCGCUCCGGUGGCCCCAAUUUGGUCAACAAGCAGCUGGUGCUGCCAUUUGUGCCGCCCAGUUUUCCCAACAAAUCACAAGACGGCGUCACGCAUCUCAUCAAGCCGUCCGAGUAUCUAAAGAGCAUCAGCGAUAAGCGUUCGUGUCCAUCCUCGGCCCGCUCCACGGAUACGGAGGACUAUAUGCAAAUCCAGAUCGCACAGCAGCAGCAGCAGCAUCAUCACCAUCACCAGCAUUCGCACCAGCAUCAGCAUCAGCAUCAUUCCCAUGCCCUGGGCGUUGGAGAGCAGCCGCCAUUGCCACCGCCGCCGCCACCAUUGCCCCACAUGAUGCCGCCGCCAAUGCCCAUGCUGCUCUCGCCGCUGUCUGGCGAUGCCACCAGCAAGUCACAAAAGCCCAAGAAACCGCACGGCUCGGCUGCGCCCAGCAGCCAGGAUACGGCCACGCGCAAGCAGCAUCAGCCGCUGUCCGCAAUUUCCAUACAGGAUCUGAACAGCGUACAGCUGCGUCGCACGGAUACGCAGAAGGUACCGAAGCCCUAUCAGAUGCCCGCACGUAGUCUGAGCAUGCAGUGCUUGACCACUAGUACGGACACAUACUUGAAGACGGACCUGAUUGCUGAGCUCAAGAUCUCGAAGGACAUACCCGGCAUCAAGAAGAUGAAGGUGGAGCAGCAGAUGGCCAAUCGCAUGGACUCCGAGCACUACAUGGAGAUAACCAAACAGUUCACUGCCAACAACUAUGUUGACCAGAUCUACUUACAGAUACCAGAAAAGGAUCAGUCCGGCAAUGUCAUACCCGACUGGAAGCGCCAGAUGAUGGCAAAGAAGGCAGCCGAGCGCGCCAAAAAGGACUUCGAGGAUCGCAUGGCCCAGGAGGCGGAAUCGCGCCGCCUAUCGCAGAUACCACAGUGGAAACGAGAUCUGUUAGCGCGCCGCGAAGAAACUGAAAACAAGUUGAAAGCGGCCAUCUACACGCCCAAGGUGGAGGAGAAUAACCGUGUUGCGGACACCUGGCGCCUCAAGAACCGCGCCAUGUCCAUCGACAACAUCAAUCUGGCCACCUGCAGUGGCGGCCUCAACGUUGAGCAGCAAUACCAGCAGCUGCAGCUACUCCAGCAGCAGGCGCAUCCCCAAGGCAACAAGGAGAAUCAAAGCGAUGGCGUCGCAGCAGCCAAGGCCGGCGACUGCGACCAACCGUUGCAGCAACAGCAGCAACAGCAGCAACAACAACAGCAGCAGAUGAAACAGCAGCUUCCACAGGAUGCACUCGAUCAAGCCGACGACGAGCAGGACGACAGCGACAACAUAAUUCCCUGGCGAGCACAGCUGCGCAAGACCAACAGUCGCCUGAGCUUGAUCUGAAUGUGGAAGCUGCAUCCGCGUUUAAGUCUCUUGUAGUGCAUUUUCUUCAAAUUAUAAUUUUUUUUUUUUUUUGCAUCAUUACGAAAAUAAUUAACUUAACGAAAGUGCAAUCACAUAUGUUAAAGGAUAUAUUCAUAAAUAAUGGAUAUAUAUAUCAUAACUUUAAGGCAUCUUUAUUUGUAAUUUGUUGAAAGCAUCCACGUGCUCCAGAGGAGUGCCGGCCGUAUCUUCCAACCAGCUCCAAAUCCAAGGCAAGCUUUAGAUCCAAAAAGAAAACGAAAAAAAUGCAGAAAAAAAAAACAAAAAA